UAUUUCUCAGGAAUCUAAAAUCAAUGGCGUCGUCCCCAUCGAAAUGCUCCUCAUACAAGAAAUAUGAAAUCAGAAAGCGAGACCCAAACCCUGAAGCCGCCGCUUUAUUAGUGAUCGACCUGCAAAAUUAUUUUUACUCCGUGGCAAAACCUAUUCUUCCCAACGUCAUCACCACCAUCAACCUCUGCCGACAAGCUUCGAUCCCCGUUUUCUUCACUCGCCACAACCACAAGUCCCCCGCCGACUACGGCAUGCUGGGGGAGUGGUGGAACAACGACCUCAUACUCGACGGAACCUUGGAUGCCGAGCUGAUCCCGGAGAUCGAACGGCUGUCUAAACCCGACGAGGUGGUCGAGAAACACACGUACAGCGCGUUCGAGGACACGAGAUUGCAGGGGUUGUUGUCGGAGAAAGGGGUGGAGGAGGUCAUAAUCACGGGGGUCAUGACGAACAUGUGCUGCGAGACGACGGCGCGUGCGGCGUUCGUGAAAGGGUACAGGGUGUUUUUCUCGACGGAUGCGACGGCGACGUCGGACCCGGAGCUGCAUGAUGCUACUUUGAAGAAUAUGGCCAACGCGAUUGCGUACCUCGUCGACUGUGAGAGGCUUCAACAGGGGAUUUCUGGGAAUGGGAUGAAGUAGUUUUCGUUUCCUGUGGCGAAGAAAUUACAGAUUAAUUACUAGUAGCAAUUAUCGGUUUCAUCGCCAGUUUUGUAAAUCGUCUACAUUCUACUGGGUCUGUCGUAUGUGUAUGUGAUUGUGUGGUCUAUAAUAA